UAGAAUGGAUAACAACAUAUGCUAAUGGUGGGAGCUCAUAGGCAGUAACAUACAUAAUGGUUCUAGCAGGUGCUGUGUAGUGUGUACCAUAUUCGGUUGGAGAGAAAUUAUCGAAUUUAUCAGAACAAGAAAUAGAGUUGUGCAGAGUUAAGUAGAUUGAUAACUCAAGAGGUGCACUGUAGAGGGGUUUUGAAACCAGGUUUAGCUUGACAGAUGCAAAAACUAAAUUUUUACCCAUAGCAGAAUUUGUUUGUAGUUGUCGAGUUGUUUAGAAGAAAGAAAUAAUAUUGAAGUUGGGGUUCUGUGUCCAACUUAUAAAUAUUGAAAAUUUAAUUACCAAAAAAAUUAUAUUAUGAAGAAAGGGCAUUUAUGGUAAUCCAAGAAAAAGGACGCGGAAAAGAACUCCCACUAGCGAACUAUUUCAACCCUCCUCCAAUAGAUCAUCAUCAUUUUGCAGAUAUCACUUUUCGUCUCACAAAAAACUUUUGAUCCAAAAAUGCUAGCAGUUUUUGACAAAUCAGUGGCUAAAAGCCCAGAAGGGCUCCAGAGUCCGAACAAUGAGACAGCAGUAUCUGCUCUGAAAGAUGGUUUCUUGGCACAGCGCUUUGCCUCCAACCAUUCAGGCUCUGUCACCAUCAACUUGGGCUCUUCUGGAUUCUUGGCUUACUCCUCUGAUCGCCAAAACCCUCUUCUUCCCAGGUUGUUCGCUGUUGUGGAUGACAUAUUCUGCUUGUUUCAAGGCCACAUUGAGAAUAUAGCUCAUCUUAAGCAACAAUAUGGGUUAAACAAGACAGCAAACGAAGUGAUCAUUGUUAUUGAGGCUUACAGGACUUUGAGGGAUAGAGGUCCUUAUCCUCCAGAUCAAGUUGUGAGAGAUAUUCAUGGAAAGUUUGCUUUCGUUCUUUAUGAUAGCUCUUCAAAGACUUCCUUCCUUGCUUCUGAUGUUGAUGGGAGUGUGCCCUUCUUCUGGGGUACUGAUUCUGAAGGCCACCUAGUUCUCUCCGAUGACGCUGACAUUGUGAAGCAAGGCUGUGGAAAAUCCUUUGCACCAUUUCCCAAAGGAUGCUUCUUCACAUCUUCUGGUGGCUUGAGGAGUUAUGAGCACCCCCGUAAUGAGUUGAAACCAGUACCAAGGGUGGACAGCUCAGGCGAGGUGUGCGGUGCAAACUUUAAGGUGGAUGCUGAAUCUAAAAAAGGGGGUACAGGCAUGCCCAGAGUGGACAGCGCCGCUAACUGGUCCCAACACUACUAAGCUGACUGCAGUUUUCAUCACCACAGAGGCUUCGUUAUUAUUUGGCCUUCUAUCUUGUGCUUUUCCAACUCUUUCUAUUAUUCUCAACUUCUAUUGCUAUGAGCUUUAUGGUUGUAGAGAAAUGUUAAAAGGCGAGGAAAGAUAUUUCAUAUUGCUACCGAGGAACGUGAUCGCUAUGUCGUAUACUGGAGUUAGGCCAUUUUCUUGGCUGGAAGACGUCUACUUUAAAUAACUUCUGUCUUGAUACAGGGGAUUUGCUUAUUUGUUAGUAUGUGUAUUUGGUGCUUCUGUUUUCUUUUA